GACGCGGGACCCGGAAGUGGCGAGUGUCGAGUCGACGCAGUCGAUUGAGGUCGGCAGGGAGGUCGGCUGCUUUUUGAAAAUGUUGCUGGACUUGUCGGAGGAGCAUAAGGAGCACCUGGCCUUCCUGCCGCGAGUGGACUGCGCGGUGGUCGCAGAGUUCGGGCGGAUUGCGGUGGAGUUCCUGAGGCGAGGCUCCAACCCUAAGGUCUACGAAGGCGCAGCCAGAAAACUCAAUGUGAGUAGUGACACUGUCCAGCAUGGUGUGGAAGGAUUGACAUACCUCCUUACUGAAAGCUCAAAGCUCAUGAUUUCUGAACUGGAUUUCCAAGACUCUGUUUUUGUUCUGGGGUUCUCUGAAGAAUUGAACAAAUUGUUGCUUCAGCUUUAUCUGGACAACAGAAAGGAAAUCCGAACUAUUCUGAAUGAAUUGGUGCCAGACCUUCCCAGUUACCAGAACCUUGAAUGGCGACUAGAUGUACAGCUUGCAAGCAGAAGUCUCAGGCAACAGAUUAAACCAUCAGUGACUAUAAAGCUACACCUUCAUCAGAACGGAGACCACAACACCAAAGUUCUGCAGACAGACCCAGCCACCCUGCUCCAUUUGGUUCAGCAAUUGGAACAAGCAUUGGAAGAGAUGAAAACAAACCAUUGUAGGAGAGUUGUCCGCAACAUCAAGUAGUCCCCCUUUUUAAGACUUUUAUCCUUUGACUGAUUUGUGAUGCAGUGGUACUCAGCAGUUACUUUGCAAAAUUUUUAUUAAUUAAUGAAAACACAUAAAUUUCAUGAAAUUUCUUUUACUAUGACAAGAUACUGAGGCCAUAAUGAAAAGCUGAAGUAAAUUUCCCUUCCCGGUGCUAAAUGUGGUCAGCUUCUUGAUAAAUUAAGAUGUAUUUUCUAUUUUAAAUAUGUAAGUGGAAUUGAGUCAACUGGGAAUGAAUCUAUACUGUUUAUAUCUUAUGUAUUUAUGAAUAUCCUGUUUUUUGCUAUUUCUUUUGACUGCUUGACUUUAUUAUUUAUCUCCUUAUUGAACAAAAUAAACUUCACAAUGUAAUAAUAUACUAUUCAGGAUAUAUCUAGACAGUUCAAUGUUUUUGACCUUUAAAGCACCUCACUAUGUUGCUGGACACAGAAGAGUUUGGAAGUAAUUUUUUUUUUUUUUUCACGUGAUCUGUUGUUUGGGCAUUUCAUACGUUUUUCUUUGCAUGUAAAGACAAGUACUUACUUUACCAUGUCAUUUCAGUUUGAGUUGACUUAAUUGUGAUGGCUAAUUGUCUUAAAUUGUACUCAAAUUUGUGUGAUUAUAUGUUGUGUUUUAUCAAGGAUUACUUUUUUUUCUUUAGUAUCAAAAUCACCUAAGAGACGUUGUCAUUUAUAUUUAUGAAUAAUGGAUGCAGGAGUAAUAUAAUCCUUAACUUUCCGGAUAUAAAUUAAGGGCACUUUUUAUAGUUAUAUUUGAAUAAGGUAUAAGGAGAACAGAGGGAGGCCCUGUUUUACAUUCCUAGCAAAUAUCCCUUCUUCUUUAAAAACUUGAUUUUUAUUUUAUUUUUUAGUAGGUAACCAUAAGCUAUUGGCACGAAAAAACUUAAGAUGCUCAUGUGUCAUAUCAGCCUGCUUAGAGUGCAGGGAGACUUAAGGAGAAAAGGAAUCUUAAAGAGUGGCAGACCUAAGGAGAAAAAUUAUCGUAAUAGAUAGAAUAAAGGAUUCAGUCUUAAAUAUUUAUCUAGGGUCUUAUUCUGAAAAAAACACAUCCCCAUGGAGCAACCCAGGAAAGCCUUUGAAACAAUUAGAUUCUCAACUAUAUUCUAUGCUCCAUCAACUUCUAGCCUCCUAAGAAUUAGAGAUUUUCAGGUCAGAGUGACUUGAUAUUUCUUCUUUCUCUUAAGAGAGACCUAGCAGGGAACAGAGAUCAGUGGAAAUAAAAGCACAGUUGAAAUUGCCACCCAUUGUCCCCCUGGAGGCACCUGGCUAUCCUUUUCUCAUAGGUAUUUGUUCUGGCGUUGUAAAAUAACUAUAAUAUUAGCUAUUAACAACUAUAAUUAGAAAUAAUUUUUAAUUAUAUUGAUAACUUGAUUAAUAAAGCUUUCAUAUUAAUAAUUUUAUGAACAAAAGGAAACUUUAUACGCUGUGUAAUAAUAGCAUGUCAUCUUGUUUAAAAAUAAGAUGCCUAUUACGUUUCUAUGAUAAAAAUAACUUCGUGAGGCUUUUUAUUUGUCCCAUUUGGUGAAACAUAAGCAGAGCUGAACCCAGCUAAGAUUGAAAUUAUAGACCUCUGUUCUCUUCAAGGCAACCUUUCUUCCAUCUCUAUAUCUACUGUUGUUUUUUUUUUUUAAUAUUUAUUUAUUUAUGUAUACAAGAGCUAGGGUGCAGGGGGUGAGAGAAUUCACCAGAGAGAGUAAGGAACAGAACAGGCAGAUUGACCAAAGUACACUGCUGAGGGGAGCAGUGGGUGAGUCAGGAGAGGUCUGCAGUGCCAUGUGGGUUGCACCCUGGCUGGCUGGGAAUAGCUCCACAGAUUUCGUCUUAACCCUUGCACCACCAGGGAGGCCCUAUAGCUACUGUUCUUAUCCCAUCAAAACAAAAAACGCAUGUGUUUGUCUUUCUAAAUUUGUGUGGAAUUCCCUUCACCUUCUUGCUCUGCACUCUGUUAUUUUCUCUGAUGCUCUGCCUGCUCUACCUCUUUGGGCCAGCAUGAGUUGGGAGCAUUCUCCAAACAUUUUUUGAAGCUGGGGCUUAUCUUUAUUAGUACAGGCCAUCAAAGUCUCUCUUCCUUUUCUUAUUUAAACUUCCCAUACUUAAUGACCUCCUCUGCCUUGUUUGUUUUAUGGCACAUUUGACUUUUUGCUGUUACUUGUAUCUGGAAAUAAUUUUCUGCCAAUGCACUCACUCUUCUUCUCUUCUAUGUGUGAUUAGGUUCCUUGACUGAGUAAGGUGCCUUUCUAGCUCUAUCUAAAUUUUUAUUAAAACAUUUUGGAUUAUGAGUAAUCUGAUUUUUCAAGGUUAGCUGAUGCCUCCUUCAUGUUUCAAAGCCAGCAUGAUAGCAUCUCAUCUCAGAGCUGUCAGUAGGAAAUAAAUAUACAUAUCACAGUCUAUAUGUAUGUUACCCAUUGGAAGUCUUACUCAUGUUUCACAAGAUUUUAAUGAGUUUAUUUUGUUGACUUUUCUAAGCUUAGGCAAAUUUAAAGCAGCAAACUGAAAGGGUGAUAGGGAUACCGUAAGAAUAAAAUAUACCUUCUUUGAAAAACAAGUGUUGUAUAAAAGGUGUGAUUAGUGUAUUCCAAAUAUGGAAGAGACUUUGUCCUGCAGCAUGUAUACUCUUCUUUGGGCCAGAGUGAGUUGGGCCCAAAGAAGAGUAUACAUGUUUUUAUGGACGGUCAGUAGAAGUUUGUACAAAUAUCAGUGAAUGUGACAGCAAUGUUUUUUAUAAUAAUCAUGAGUUAAAAUCAUGAACAUUGUGGGGCAGAACCUUAAAAAUGAGAACCUGACACUAGAAAAGUUUGAAAAAUUAAGACUAUGUGUAAAGGAUGCAUGAAUGGUUACCGUUAAAUUCAUAACAGUAUGUUGCCUUUUUUUUUUUUUAAAGAUUGAUUUAUUUAUGCAUACAAGAGCUGGGGUACAGGUCAGAGAUGAGGGGGUGAGAGGAUUCACCAGAGACACCGUGGGGAACAGAACAGGCAGACUGACUGAAAUACACUGCUGAGGGGAGCAGCGGGUGAGACAGGAGAGGUCCUCUUCGCCAUGUGGGUUACUCCCUGGCUGGGGGGGGAUGGAACUCCGGAUUGCUUCAUAGUGCGGAUUGCUUCAUAGUGUGGUGCUUAACCCCUUGCACCACCAGGGAGGCCCAACAGUAUAUUGCCUUUCACUUACUAUCAUAACAGAUACUGUGAGACAGCUAAGAGGUUAGUCUUUAGAGCUAGAUAGAGGCUUUGAAUUUAGGUUUUCUUGUUUUACAUAUCCUUGAUAAUUUCCGAAGGCUUCUUUUCUUUAUAUGUAAGAUAAGAAUAAUACUUGCCUCUUUGGCUUGCAGGGACUAAAUGAGGCCAACUGUAUGGAAUGUUUAGCAUAGUUCCAGGCUUUAAAAAAUAUUCAUGUAGAUUUAGGAUCCCAUUAUUUUAUAGCCUUGAGCCAUGUCCUCUGUAUUGUGUUUAAGAAACAGAAUAUGUUCCCUCUGAUUCUGGGCAUUAGGAUUAUGACUAUUUUCUUUACCUUCUUAAUUUAUUAAAUGAGUUUGAAUGAC